CAGAGAUACAGGUGUAUAUAAAUUGUGAUUUGUGAAAUAUCUAUAGUAUAUUAUUAAAUCAAUAAAGAGUAAAUGAAAGUUGUAAAGUAACGAGAGUGGAGGAAUUAGAAUGAGUGGAAUUAUGAAUGAUAUUAGACUCUGUGAAUUGUUGCAAACCAUACCACCAUUUUCAUUCUUUGAUGAAUUAAUUGAUAUACCAUCAUAUAAUACAAAAUUACUGCAACAUGAAUUAAUUAAAAUUAAUAAAAUAUUAGAUGAUAUUAUAAUAUAUUUAAAGGAAGUAAUACGAAUUUUUAAUCAAAUUAGAAAAUCAAAUAUUAAUUUAAAUAAUGAUUUAGCAUGGUAUUAUGAUGGUAAAGAUGGAAUUCUUGAAUUAGAUAGAAAUAUGAUUAGUAUUGAUGAUAUAAUUGGUCAAUUAAUAAUGGUAGUAGAAACUGGUGAUCAUACAAAUGUAGCCAGAUUAUUAUUUACAAAAUUUGAACAAGCAAGUGAAUUAACAUUAGAUGUUAAAAAAUUUGUUAUUAUGUUUAAAAGAAAUUUAGAAAUAUCAAUAAAUUUUAAAGAAAUUGAUAAUAUAAUACGACAAAUUAUUCAAGAAACUGAAGAUUGUUUAAAAAUCUUUUUUAAAUUAAGAGAAUCAAAACUUUCAAGUCCUAAAAGAGUAUUACCUAAUUUAGAAACAAUUAUAUCAAAAAUGAAAAUAUCAGAUAUAUUUUCAGUUAAUAAUAUAUCAGUUAAAUCUAUAAGGUUACCAACAUUUAAUGAAACUGAUGAACUUUUAUAUCAAGGUUAUUUACAAUUAGAAAAUAGAAUUCAACCUUUAAAAAUAUCCCUUGAUAUAAUCCCAUUAAAAAUUGAAGAAUUUAAUCAAUUAUGUUCAGGUAAUUCAUUUAUACUAUCUCGUCAAUCAUUAUUAAUUCAUCAUGAAAAAUUACAUAAACGUUGGAUAUAUUUACAAAAUGAAUUAGAAUAUUUAAAAAGAGAAAGUUUAGAUUCUAAAUGGUUAGAGAUUUUUCAAUAUUUAGUUAAACAAAUAAUAUCUAAAUGUGAUUUAUUAGAAUCAAGUUUAAAUGAUAAACAAUUUAAUGAUGAAUUAGGUUAUACUUAUAAAUUAUGUUCAAAUUCUAUAAUCUUAAUUAAUAAAGCCUUUCAUGAAUCAAUAAUUCGAGAUCAAUUAUUAAUUGAUCAAUUUAAUAUGGAUUUAUUACCUAAAUGGGAAACGAUAAAUCGUCAACUUCUUGGAAAAUCUAAUAGCCCUCAAUCAUCAGUUAUUCCGUCCAUUGUACCAUCUGUUCAAAAUAAUUCUGCAAAACUAGAUUCAAAUGGACUUAGGAUAUUUCAAACUGGUCGUCAACGUUCUGUUUCUCCAGCACCUCCAAAUCAUUCAAAAACAAUAUCUAGUGUAGAAAGUGUUGGUGUUAAUCUUGGUAUUGAUACUAUUCAAACUACAGGUGUACCCUUUAGUAUACAUAAAGAAGAUAGAGUCAGAAACUUCUUUAGUCAUUCCAAUGUACCACCACCUAUUUCAAGAAAUAUUCGAGAUUCUUUACUAAGUAUAAAUGAUUUAGAUGUUUUCCAAGACGUUGAUUAUGAUGAUGAAAGUACUUUAGUUAACAAGACACCAAAAUUUGCUCAUAACUUUGAUAAUCUUCAUUUAGAGAUGGAAAAACUACGAAUCAAAAGUCAUAAAGAGUCUAUUAAAGAAGUUCGACUUGAAGAACCUCAUAUCCUAAAAACUGUUGAAGAACUGCCACCAAAGGUAAAGCUACAGUAUACUCCAAAAUUAAAACCCAAACCAUCAAAGAUUCCUAAAAUUAUUAUAAACUAUGGUGAUCUUGGAUAUCCAACAAUAAAGAAGAAAUUCUUCAGUACCUACCCUAAAUCACUCAUUCCUAGUAUUAGUGUUUCUCAUCCUCUUUUCCAUUCACCAGAAAGAGAUCAAGCAAGAUCUGAAGCAUUUGCCAAUUUAGAAAGGCAACCAUUAACUCAACUAAAGAAAAGUCAAUUGAAUUCAACAACUCUUGGAUCUCCAACAAGUUCAAAACGAGUUGUAUCAGGAGAAAUAUUAGCUGAAAGUAUAAAUGUAUUCAGAAGACCAAGUAAAAAUGCAGCUGCAACCAAUAUUAUAGGUUCACGAUCAAGAAGUUCUUCAAUGGGUUCUUUACAUUCAAUGAAGAUUCCAAACUUAUCAUACGUUAAUAGUCCACCAGCUCAAUAUAAUAGUACAUCACCUGAAAGACCUAAUUCAUCACUUGGUUCGAGAUUUGAUGAUGCCCAUCUUUUGCCUUCAACAAAGUCACUUUUAACAAAGAAGAAAAUAUAAUUAUGAAAUAAGUAAUGUAUUAUUUACAUACAUAUAUACAACAUUUUAUUUUAUUUUAUUUCAUUUCAUUUAUUUCAUUUCAUU